CACCAGCCGGGUGGUAAGAGAGCAGACGUGCACACGCACUCGUGGGGUCGGUACAGAGGAGCCUGAGCUCAGGAGGCACAGAAGCAGAGCACCGAGGGCGGGAGAGGACCAGCGUCAGCCAUAGGCCUUGGGGGGGGGUCCACAGCGACACCAUGGAUUUCCAGUCCAGCAUCAUCCACGACUCCGGGCCCAUGGACAACCUGGAAAAGCAGCUGAUCUGCCCAAUCUGCCUGGAGAUCUUCUCCAAGCCGGUGGUGAUCCUUCCAUGCCAGCACAAUUUGUGCAGGAAGUGUGCCAACGACGUGUUCCAGGCUGCUAACCCUUACUACUCAUCGCGGGGCACCAACAUCACCGGGGGCCGAUUCCGCUGCCCCUCCUGCCGGCACGAGGUGGUCCUGGAUCGCCAUGGUGUCUACGGCUUGCAGCGUAACCUGCUGGUGGAGAACAUCAUUGACAUCUACAAGCAGGAGAGCAGCAGCCCACGGCCAAUUAAAACCAAAGCGGAGCAGCCCAUGUGUGUGGAGCAUGAGGAGGAGAAGAUCAAUAUCUACUGCAUCACCUGCCAGGUGCCCACCUGCUCCAUGUGCAAGGUGUUCGGGGCCCACAAGGAUUGCCAGGUCUCCCCGUUGCAGGCCGUCUACCAGACGCAGAAGACGGAGCUGACUGACGGCAUUGCAGCCAUGGUGGCAGGAAACGAACGGAUCCAGGCAAUCCUCACCCAGAUGGAAAACACCUGCAAAACCAUCGAGGAGAACAGCAUGAGGCAGAAGCAGCUGCUGAGCGAGCGGUUUGAUGGCCUCUACGCGCAGCUGGAAGAGCGCAAGGCGGAGCUGCUGGCGCGGAUCACGGAGGAGCAGGACUGCAGGAUGGCGCGUGUGCGCGAGCUGGUGCAGCAGUACCGGCAGCAGCUGGAAAGCAGCUCCGCGCUCAUGGAGGGCGCUCUCGCCUCCAUGGAGGACCCGGGAGAGGCCAGCUUCCUGGUGACGGCUAAACAGCUUCUGAAGGACAUGUCCAGUGCCGCCCAGCGCUGUCCCACUGAGCGGAUAGAACCCGAGUACGAGAACAUGGACCACUUCACCCUGGACACCCAACAUGUGGAGGAGCUGCUGCAAGCAAUGGAUUUUGGUUUAGAUGAAGAUGAGGAUGAGGAAGAUGAGGAGGGAAAUGAGGAAGGAAAUGAGCAGGGCAAGGCGGGAGAGGAGACAAAGCAGGCCAAAGAAUAGCAAAGUGCACCACGACGGAGAAGAUAUGGAGAGAGCAGGACAUGUGACAUUAAGCAGGAAGAGGACAAAGGGAAAGUGGGUAGAUGGCUAGAGGAGGACUGCAAUGAAUCAUGGUGCGUUAGCAACUCAGGUCUCACAUUCUGCGACUAGGAAGAACAUUUUUCAGAGCAUUUUCUUAUUUUUCACAAAAGAAUUUUCACACAUAUACACUUUGGUGCUGUUUGGUCGUCUGGAAACAGGCCAGAAGAGGUGCACGUUCAACACGUAGUUAGACACGAUGAGGUAUUAAAGUUUUGAUUCUUUUAGUGAGAAAGAAUUAUCCGCCACAGUAUGUAAGUGGAGGAUUUCCUGGCAAACAGCGCCCCCUGCCGCCAAGAAUGCAAAAACCCUCCGAAAUUCUAACAGCUCCGAGUGAGCUCAUCAAAGGAACGUUUGUAUAUCUGUAUGCAAACUUAGUGUUUUGUACAUUUUAUAUUAUCAAAUGUUGUUUGUGCUGACGAUAAUGAUUAUAAUAAUCAUUAUUCUUGACUAUGUUUUGUAUAUGAUGUGAGAAUAGAACAACGUAUAUGUAAAAUAUGUGGCCACAGAUGUGACAGAUAAAAAAACUUUAAAAAACAAAAAUGCUGAGCGACCUUGUAUGCGAUAGAAGACGGCGGCAAGGCACGCGCAGUAGUGGACGGGCCGAAGACCCGAUCCUCUAGAAAAAUCCAUAGAUGUAGGUUUUCAGACAAUCUGUUUUUAAUAUAGUUAAGAUUAGUGUGAGAGGUGAGUCGGGGACGGUGACUGCACAUUUCGUGAUAAUUGCACAGCAAAAUAAAUGUUGAUUUUCAUGUUCUCGCUA